AUGUCUGAACAAGAUAAACGUCGUCGCACUUUUUGGCCGGGGAAGGAGGGAAACAACGGACAGCCACAGGGAGUUCUUCAGAAGAGAACAUACAGUGAGCUUAGCGACGAUACUCAGGCCUCAAAGCCCAUUUCGCUACAUGUCUCAAGACCGGCACUGCCAGUGCGCGUCGCUAAACUCGACAAGAGCCCGUGGCAAGAUUAUGUUCGUCUGCUUUCCGUUAACCGAGGAGGCCGAGUCACUGUUGCAUAUAAUUCGAACAAGUCUCACAAGCUCGUGGCAAUCAGCGAGAUUUCUGAAUGCUCGCGGGAGCAACUGCGAGACCUUCGCCCUCUUCUGCACGAAAAUAUAGUGGUUUUCACGGCUGCAUACUUCCUCGACCGUUCGAUUUACCUUAUCUACGAUCUUUUACCUGUCAACCUUAUAAGCGUACUGAAUACGCCUCUCGGCCCGUUACAGGUUGAAGAUAUAGCGACAGUUUGUCAAGGUAUCUUGCGAGGAAUCCAAUUCAUUCAUCAAGAGCUUGGAAUUGAGUAUGGCGAAUUGAAGAGUGAGAACGUGCUCUUCAACCGAGGUGGGCUUGUUAAAAUAGCCAAUGUUGGGAGCUUGGUCCUGAAAGAUAGGAGAAGGUCCUUGGAGAGAGACAUCCAAGCCGCUGGGCUCCUUCUAUUGAAAAUGCUGGAGCCAGACUCGAGCCUGCUCUAUCCACAGUCCCUGCAACUUCGGAGGCCGUCGAGCUGCGAUCCAGAUGCACGAGAUCUAAUGGAAAACUUCCCGACAGCAGAAAUUAAGGAGAUAUUGGCACAUAAUUUCUUCUUGAAAAGUCGAGGAAUACAACACCUCAUACCGUACGUCUUCGUUGCGGAGAUCCUCCAACAAGAAGCCGUAGAUAUUGUUCAUGACAUCGACAAUAGUAUAUAG